AUGCCUCUCCAUCUUCUAGGCAAAAAGUCAUGGAACGUCUACAACCAAGACAACGUCGCCCGCGUACGGCGCGACGAGGCACAGGCACAGGCCCGCGAAGAAGAAAAUGAUCGUCUCAUGCAAGAAGCAGAUGCCGAGCGCAGAAUUAAACUUCUUCGCGGUGAAUCUGUAUCUCCACCUCCGCCACCUCCACAACAAACUGGCUCAGAGACACUACCAAAGAGACAGCGCUCGGACGACCCGACAAAGCCCUACAAAAGAAGGCGGGUCGCUGGUGAGAAUGACACAGAUCGGGAUAUACGGUACGCUCGAGAAGAUGCGGCCCAAGCAGCGGCUAAACGCGAAGAGCUCGUGGUAGCCUCGCGCAAAUCUGGUACCGCAGAAGAACCGAUACUUGACAGUGCCGGUCAUAUCAACCUGUUCCCUUCCGCGAAAGCCAAAUCAGAGAAGAACCCCGAGGCCGAAGCCGAAGCGGCACGGAAGAAACGCAGUUUUGAAGAUCAGUACACAAUGAGGUUCUCUAACGCAGCUGGAUUUAAGGAAACGGUGGAUCGGAAGCCUUGGUAUUCAUCUACAGACAAGGAAGCAAUGGCGCCGGGCCCAACUGCUGGGAAAGAUGUGUGGGGUAACGAAGAUCCGCGGCGCCAGGAGAGGGCACAAGCUCGUAUGAGUGCUACUGAUCCACUUGCAGCUAUGAAGCGGGGUGUGCGACAAUUGAAGACGUCAGAGCAGGAGCGGAAAAGAUGGAACGAGGAAAAGCGCCGAGAGCUGGAUGUCUUGAAGGCAGAGGAGGCAAAGAAAUCUCGACGCCGGCCUUCCCGAUCGCCAUCAGUAGACAGCCUUGAUGGCUUCAGAUUGGAUGCGCCACGCAAAAGAAAUGAGAAGGAUCGCAGAAGCUCUGGUGGACACGAGCGCCGGCAUCGCGAUCGAAGUCAUGAUCGAUCUCAUCGUCACAGGGAUCGAAGCCGCGAGCGCUCACAUCGUCGUCGAUCUGAAGGUCAUUCUUCUCACCACAAGCAUCGCUCUCGUCACGGUGAAGCCUCUGGGGAUCCCCGGCGUUCGAGUUAUUCUGCCCCCAAGAGCCGUGACUGA